UAAAAGAAGCAUUUUUUAUUCCUAAUGUUAAUGAUUUUUUUUUGAAAUUAAUUGGAAAUGGCAACACUAUUGUUAUUAUCCAUUCUGUUGGUGCUUGCCUCACGUGUUUAAUUUUACUAAAUUUCAUUAAAAAUUGGUAUAAUCAAAAUGACAGAGAUUGUUUUGCCGGGUGAUCGGAUUUUAACUGCUGAGGAAUUAGCUAAAAGUAAAAAAGUAAUUUUAGGACCAGGGUUACGACGAGAGAAUGACCAAGUAAUUGCUUGUAAAGCGGGAAGACUUCAUCACAGGGAACCAAACACCUACUGGGUAGAUAAUUAUCAACAACGCUAUGUGCCUGUAAAAGGCGAAGCUGUGAUAGGUGUAGUUACAGCUAAGGCGGGAGAUAUAUUUCGAGUAGAUAUAGGAGCACACGAUCAAGCUUCAUUGUCUUAUUUGGCUUUUGAGUCUGCUACCAAAAAAAAUCGUCCGGACGUUAAUCCUGGAGAUAUACUUUAUGGAAGACUUAUUGUCGCAAGUCGAGAUUUGGAGCCGGAAUUAGUUUGUGUUAAUUCUAGUGGAAAAAAAGGCAAACUCGGUGUUCUUACAGAUGGAUUUGUCAUGAAUUGUAGUUUAAACUUAGCACGCUUGAUUUUACGAGAAAAUUGCCCAUUAUUACGGGAACUUACUAAGGAGAUGCCUUUUGAAAUCGCUGUCGGACUAAACGGACGUAUCUGGAUAAAAGCGAAAAGUCAAAGAGAAACAAUAGCACUUGGAAAUGCAAUAUUAGCAGCAGAAAACGCCUCUUAUGAAGAAAUGUCCAAAAUAUGUGAGAACAUAGGAAAUAUACUAUUUUCCUAAACUAUCAACAAAACUCCCUAUUUCUUAAAUUACAGUAGAAUAAUUAGAAAAAUAACAUAAUUUUGAGUACAAAUGUACGAUAUACGGUAGCAAUUUAUUAAAUAUUUUUAUAUCGCUAUGUUGAGUUAA